CCAUGCACGACUAGAUCGAGUGUAUGUGUGUUCGGAGAUUGCGCCUUUUUGUGAGAACUACGAUGUUGAUGCCGUUUCUUUCCGUGAUCAUUGUUUAGUUACCUUCGAGAUCGGCCAAAAGCAAAAAAAGAAACUUGAAUGGGAAAGGUGGAAAUUGAACGCCAAGCUUAUCAAGGAUGACGUGUUCAUAGACAAAACGAAAAAAGAAAUAGAGGAGUUCUUAAAUGACACACUACGCAGUGCCGCAGAGAAAUGGGAGUUGUUUAAACAAAGGGUAAAAUUGAACGCAAUAGAAAGAGGUGGGCAUAUGAAGUAUCAGGCUCAAAAACAUGAACAGGGGCUGCGGCAGGAGCUCGAAGACAUGGUGAGAAUCGAAACAGCUAAUCCGGGUUUGGUGACGCAGGAACUGCAAGUCAUUAAAAGAAAACUAGAAAGCUUAGAGGAGGAUAAAUACAGAGGGGCAAUUAUACGAGCACGAGCUGAAAAAUAUCUCGCGGGGGAAAUACCUACAAAGCGAGCUUUGUCAGAUGAAAAGGCGUACGCUCGAGGAAAUGAAAUAUUGGAAAUAGAAUAUAAUGGUAAGAUAUUCAGAGAACAGAAAGUUAUCAUGACGGCAUUUGAAAGUUACUAUAGAGAUUUGUUUGCUUGUCGUGAGCCAAAGGUGCCGGGCUACGAGGAUGACUUUCUGGCAGAAAUGCCGACGCUAGACAAAGAGGAAACGAAUUUAUUAGAAAUGAAUAUUAGUAUGGAAGAGAUUGAGAGGGCUAUUGAGCAACUAAGCUCGGGCAAAUCUCCUGGUCCGGAUGGCAUUACCGCGGCAUUUUACAAGGCGUUCAAGACGGACAUGGCAACAGCAUUGCAUGAAGUAUUUUCAGAGGCACUCGAGCGGGGGACUUUACCUCCAUCGUUCAAUCGUGCGCACACAGUACUAAUCCCAAAAGGCAAAGAAAAAAAUAUACUACGUAAUGUAACGGGAUACAGGCCAAUUACGUUGACUAAUGUUGACUACAAGGUUUUCAUGAAAGUUCUUGCAGCAAGGCUGCAGGGAGUUAUACGGAAGUUAGUUGGGCCGCAUCAGACAUGCGGCAUCAGAGGUAGGAAAAUAUUUGCAAAUAUCCAUACAGCUAGAAGCAUUUUAGAAUAUUGCGAUAGCGCUCUCCUCAAGGUGGCGAUGCUGCAAAUAGAUCUAGCUAAGGCUUUUGAUAUGGUACCACAUAGUGUUCUCUUUUUAUUAAUUAAUUAUGUAGGGCUUGGUUCCGUCAUAUGUAAAGGUAUCAAAAUGGCAUAUCAAAGCCCAUGUACCAAUUUAAUUGUUAAUGGUGAACUAUCACAACGCAUACAAGUACUCUCUUCCGUUCGACAGGGUUGUCCGUUAAGUCCAUUACUUUUUGCUUUAUUUUUGGAGCCGCUCUGUAGAAAAAUAGUUAAUAGUACAGAAAUCAGGGGGUUUAAGAUACAGUCCUGUGAAGUACGUGUUCUAGCUUAUGCCGAUGACGUUGCCCUAUUUGCUGCAGAUAGGGAGAGUGUUAGCUCAUUAUUAAGAAUUACUGAAAGGUUUUGCGAGAAAAGCGGCAGUGAAAUCAAUAAGCAAAAGAGUAUUGGUCUCUGGCAUGGCCAUUGGAAUGCCACGCCCGGUGUUUUUGAAAAUAUUAAGUGGCUCACGACACCAGCACUUACCUGGGGGUACCUUUGGAUGGGUAUCGUGAGAACGAGUCACUCUGGCUCGAAAAAACGGAUGAAAUGCGUGCGAUGGCUGAAGCAUGGGGUGGCCGUGAAUUGUCGAUAUUUGCACGUGCCACUAUUUGUAACGUUUUUCUCGUUGCGAAAAUUAUGUAUCUUCUGCAGGCACUGUAUUGUACACGUAAGCACAUUCAAAAAUUUCACCGAAUCUUUGCCAUGUUUAUCUGGUGUUCUACGUGGGAGCGAACAUCAAGGACAAAUUUGUUUCGUCGAGUAAAGAAAGGUGGUUUGUCUGUGUGCCACUUGUUUCUUCAGCAGGUUGUAUCACGUUUUAUAUUGAUAAGGGACGAAAGAGACCCGUUUCUGUGUUGUUUUUUUCAAACCAUGUUAACAGUUUCUAUGCCAGAUUUUUUUGUUUCUUCAGCCAUUGACCCUCACUACACAAUUUCAAGGUUCUUGCGUGAAGUUGUAACGUCCUAUCGUUUCCUUAGGGCGAGAUUUUCCCUUGAGUACCUCUCCAAUGUAAAAAGAAAGCGUCUUAUGAAGGAUCUCAUUGAAAGUGUGUUCCCUGUUCCAUUGUAUCGGUUAAUUUUUCAAGAAGGGCCUGGGCAAGACGUACUUAAAAGGGUUAAAAAUAUGUGUAUACCGGCGAACGUUAAAACAUUCUUCUUCAAGCUUCACACGGGAACCUUGCCUGUUAAAACGUGGCUAGAGGAAAGAGGGAUUGAAGUGCCAUGGGGAAGCAGAUGCUUUCUGUGCAACAAAGCUGAAACGAUUGAACAUGUUUUCAUUGAUUGUAAUAAUGCCAUAUUCUUUUGGGAUAUAUUACAGAGAACGUUAAAGAUAGACCUACCCCUCAAUCCACAUGGCAUUCGUUUUUUACCCCCUGAACGCGAUUUUGAACAGAUGGAUGUAAUCUUUCUACUAGGACUGCACGCAGUAUGGCGUAGUAUGUUGGCAUAUAGACAUUGUGAUGUUAAAGGCCGAAAUGUCUAUGAAUAUUUUGUGGAAAUGGUUGUGAAGGUACGUGACGUGUACAAGAUGAAUGACUGUGAUGAAGCUAUGGUGUCAAUGCUUGAUACUUUGACACAUAUAAAACGAGUGUGAUCUAUGAUCACAAACACUUUUGAGGCUUGUAGUCAAGCUGGAAAUAAAGAAAAAAAAAAGUACUCGUGGCUCAGUGGUAGCGUCUCCGUCUCACACUCCGGAGACCCUGGUUCGAUUCCCACCCAGCCCAUCUUGCAAGAGUUGAGCCAAAGCCACCUAGAAAAAGCGCAGCUGCUUAUA